AUUUUAAGGUUAGUCCAAAGGACCUAAGGUGUUUUUUUUUUCAACCAAAUUCUUAAUCUUAAUAAAUCUAUUUUGUUUUACAGCACAUAAGUUUUUAAUUAAUUUUUUAUCUUCGAUAUCAUAUUAUUACUUAAAAAUUUUUAAAUUCUACUAGUUAAAAUGUUAUUAAACAAUACCCUUCGUUUAGUUGGCCGACACCUACAACCCGUAUCAAAGAAGUAAGAUCUGUUAUUUAUGAUCAAAUAAUUUUCAUAAAUACAUAGGUAUAUAUUAUAUGUUAUUAACUAAUAAGUACCUAUUUAUGUUUUGUUUAUAGAACUCUAAGAAUGUAUUCUGCUGCUGCGGCACAACCAUUUACCAUACCUGAGCCAAAUGGUUCUGUACUAACUAGCUCGCCUAAACUAGAAAAACUAUACACAGAAAUCACUGCCUUAACUAUGGUUGAAGUAGCAGAGUUUACUGAACUCUUAAAGGUCCGUCUCAACCUAAAAGAUGUUCCGAUGGGAGCAAUGGUUGCUGCUCCAGUUGCAGCCGGACAGGUUUGAAAAAAUUGCCUAUUAGGGGUUAACUUUAAAAUUUUGUUACAAGUUUUAGGAAUCAUUAUUAUAUCUAGUGAAUAAAGCAUUGUUUCCAUUAGUAUCCCCCAAAGUUUUGGUUGAAGUAUGGCAUUUGGGUCUGAGAAAAAAUGUCAAAAUAUCAAAAAAAUGUUACCUAGAUUUUUUGUUUGAUACCGUCAUAUUUUGACAUAUUUUUCUCGGGCUCAAAAGCCAUACUACAACUAUAAACUCUGUGGUAUAUGGUAAUUGAUAACAAACGACAUGUAAAAAACCACAAGGGUAAAAAAUUACAAGGUAAAAGUAUAAAACUUAUUUCAACUGAAAAUUACAGAUAUUAAUGGCCUAUUGCAGGCUGUUGACCUCAAUCAAAUAAGUUUUGUUGUAUGGCUACAUGUUCCAAGGACAUGCCUUGAAUUUUUUUUGAGUGGUGGGUUAAACAGAUAUUUUUAAAUAUGAAUAGUAAUCCGAAAGCUCUUAUGCAGAAUUACAGAAUAAACUUAAACUUCACAUUAUGUGAAGAAUAUUUAAAAAGGGAAAAUGAUAUACCAAAUUAUUUAAUAGCAUAUACUACACAAAAUUUCUGAUUUAUUAUUAUUUAUUUAUUUAUGUUUUCAAUAAUUAACUGAAACUAAUGUUUGUGAUUUUUAAGUGAAAUUACGUAUUUCACCUUCAGUUAGGUUAGGUCAUUUUUUCCUUAAUUCAUGGUAUACACAGAGUUAUAUAUUUAAUUUGUUAUGUCUUUUACAAAACUCUAAAUCUCAAAUGGUAUAAAAUUAUCCUCCAUUUUUUAAAUUUUUUUUUAGGAAGAUGAAGAGGAAGUAGUCACUACUGUCAAAACAAGUUUUACCGUUAAACUAAUGAAGUUUGAUGAAAAACAAAAAGUUGCAUUGAUUAAAGAAGUGAAAAAUGUAUUGGAAGGCAUGAAUUUAGUACAGGUGAGUACACAUCUUGAUAUUUCAUUAAAUCUAGAUAUUAAAUUGAAUUUUUAUUUUUAGGCUAAGAAGUUUGUGGAAAGUGCUCCUACAGUUAUAAAAUCAGAUAUUGGUAAAGAUGAAGCAGAAAAACUAAAAGAAGCAUUUACUAAAGUAGGGGCUGAAUGUGUAAUCGACUGAGUUAUGAACUUUUGUUAUGUAUGUAUAAUUAAUUUUACACAAUUUUAAAAGUAAAUGUAAGUAGUCAACAUUUAUUAUGUAUCAAUAAAAUGUUAUGUAUGAUAUCAAUAGAAUAAAUGGAAUACCUGUCCUGUUCUUUUGGUUAUUAUACCAACAGUAAGUAGGCAUUUUAUAAGUUUCAUAAUAAAAACGUGUGAAAAAUUGAAUAACGAUAUAUAUUUUUUUAUUGAAAAAUAUUUUAUAAAUUGUUAAAUUGCAUUUGAAUAUUGAUCAUCGGCAUAUUAUAUUUUAUAAUUUAAUAUUUAAGUUAGUUUUGAAUUAAUUUAUGUGAUACAUAAAUAAUAAUUAUGGUAAUAAUACUAAUUACAUUUGAUUGGAUAUAAUUUUUAGAAAUUCAAAAAAAAAUAUUUUAUCUAAUAAACAUGGUGUAUUUGAUCUUAUUAUCUUACUACAAAUUAUUAUCAAAAUGAAAAAGAUACUUGUAGUUACUGACUUGUAGUCUUACUUUUUAACUGGAAAUAAUAAUAAUAUAUUUUGUAGUCAUCUAGUAUUAAGUACAUACAUGAAUUUCUUAUAAAAUAGGUUACUGAACUCGGUAAGCCAAUGCUAGAUUUGUGGCUUAGAGUUGAAUUAAAUACAAAGAGUUAUAAUAAAUUAGCACAAUAUAUCAAAAACAAUAUUUUGAUUAGUAUUUAGAUCAGAAGUUAUAUAAUAAUAAGAAAAAUAAUCAAAAUGAAUAUUAAAGUUAUUGACAGAAGAGUAAACAGUAAAUUCAUGAAUGGUACUUAUAAUUGGAUGAAUAUUAUGUAGUUAGAAUACUAUUUUAUAAAUAUCAUUUUUAUAAGUAAUGGAAUUAUGAAAAUUUAAUGACCUGAUAAAAGGGCUAAAUUAAAAAUUACCAUCAGUGGAAAAGAAACAGUGUAUAUUGUCAUUUUAAUAAUAACAUUUUACAAUCCAAAUAUAUGGACAUGUAAUCUAAUAUAUUAAUGCAUAUAGCAUUCGGAAUAAAUAAAUAGAAAUAAUAAAAUGAUAAUAAUUACAGUGAACAACAAUAAUAUUAACAAAGGUAACAAUAAAGUACUGAAUACACAAUACAGGAAUUACAAUUUGAACUGGGUUAGGUGUUUUAAAAUUAUAAUAAAUUGUAAUUUGAGUUAAUUUGAUAAGCAACUGAAUUACCUUGUAUUAGUGAGAAAUUGUAUAUAAAGUAUUUGUAUAAUAAUUGUCACAGUAUUGGCUAUAUAUUGCUUCUACACAAUGCAUUUAUUUAAUUUGUUUUGUUUUAUAUUUAGAACUGAAAACAUUGAACUGGUUCUCAAUUUAUUAAAUUGUUUAAAACAUCUUAUGAUACAAUCACAAACUAUAAAGUACGAAUAAUUUCUUUGUUAGGUACUGUUAUGUGGUUAAAACUUAGAAGUUAUAUAAGAAAUAUUAUACAUAUCAUUGACAAAUUAAUUAUUGAUAGAGGAGUUUUUAAGUUUAAUAUUGAAGAAAAACUGUAGUUAAGAUAAACAAUUGUGUCACCUUGAGCAGUAGAGUUACACAAAGUAUUCUGUGCAACAUUACCUAAAUUAUAUUUAAUUUAUUUUUAGACUACUAGUCCAGAUUGAAAUGGUCAAUAUAGACUGUAAACAUUUAGUUGAUUUUCCAAAAAUAUUAUAUAUUUUUUAAUUGUUUUGUAAAUUAUUUAACAUUUUCAAUUUCAAUCAAUAAAAAUGUUUGAAUUAAAUGCAACUUAUCAGUUUAAAGUCUAAUAUACUUUAUUUAUUUUAAAUAUGUGCAAUAUUAAGUAUG